GAACCCCCUGAACACCAUGUGGCGCCGCCACUGCUCUCCCUCUGCUCGACGUCUCUGCCUCACUCUCCGACGAAAUCCAGGCCGGAGCAUCAAGCCAAGCCGAUCUCUCUCUUAGUGGUUUUUUUUUUGUUGCUGUGAUUUGAUGAUGGAUUCGGUAGUGGUGGGUUCAAAUGGUGAUGGGCGGAUCGGUGGUGGCGGCUUCCGAUGGGCGGCCUAUGGGUGGCUUCCGAUGGGUGGUCGACUCUUAUCAUCCUAUUCAUGCUUCUGAGCACGCAAUAAACAAUAAGUGCAAAGCCUUUCUUACCGAUUUCUGAAAAAAUAAGUGCGAGCCUACAACAAUCUAGUGCCAUAGGCCCAAGCAUAACAAGCCCACACCCCCAAGGGCCCGAAGCCACUGCCAACACCCUCUGGGUCUGGACCUGCUUAUUGCUCGGCCUCAUCAUCCACGCCUCUCAAAAAUACCCAUCUGUUUUGCUCUCGGGUUGAACUCGCUUGCUGUUGUUGAUGAUGAUUUGCAGAAACUCAUUUUGUUGCCAAUUCUCCUCCUUAUCAUUAGGAACGAGUCAGUCUCAUCAGGUUAAGAAAACUGAGGUGGAGGUGUUGUUGAUGGGGUUCAAGCUCUCAAAUUGCACCCUUUUCACUACUACAAGCUCCACUAUCCUCACUACAAAGGCAACAAUGAAUUCCCAAGUCAAAUGCUCCGUUAAUCAAAGUGGACAACUGAUAACUAAUUCUAAAGCUGUUGAGAGGAAAAUGAUAAAUAAGGCCGGUAAGAGAGAACACCACUUGUGGAAGAGAAGAGAUUCAGCUGGGUCUGGGCAAAAGGCACUUAAUCUUGUCAGAAUUGUUUCUGGGCUUCCUAAUGAGAAGGAAUCUGUUUAUGGAGCAUUAGAUAAAUGGACUGCUUGGGAGACAGAAUUCCCAUUGAUCGCAGCAGCUAAGGCUUUAAGAAUCUUAAGGAAGAGGAGUCAAUGGAAGCGAGUAAUUCAAGUGGCCAAGUGGAUGUUGAGCAAAGGUCAAGGGGCAACAAUGGGAACGUAUGACACCCUUCUACUGGCAUUUGAUAUGGAUCAGAGAGUAGAUGAGGCUGAAUCUUUGUGGAACAUGAUUUUGCAUGUACAUACACGCUCUAUCUCAAAGCGGUUGUUUUCUAGGAUGAUUUCUUUGUAUGAUCAUCAUAACAUACAGGAUAAGAUAAUAGAGGUUUUUGCAGACAUGGAGGAGUUGGGUGUAAAACCAGAUCAAGAUACUGUCAGGAGAGUCGCACGUGCCUUUCAGAAAUUGGGACAAGAAGAGAAGCAGAUGUUGGUUCUUAAAAGGUACCAGUCUAAAUGGAAGUAUGUCCACUUCAAAGGUGAACGGGUGAGAGUGAGAACAGAUGUGUGCGACGAAGAUAAUGCCUGAACCAAUUGAAGUUGGAGCUUUGGGCAUCAAGAUAUGCCAGGUCUGUCUUCCCUCUUGGACCUUCUUAGUUAGAGAAGACUACUAUUGAAAUUUUAUGGUUUUUGCAGCUAGAGAUCAUUAUUUCAAGGUAUUGUUUUGGUUGAGACUGAGGCAAGCAUGCCCACCACUGAUCAUUAAUCAAUCAAUACUUGUUCCUUUGGAACUUAUGGUUCUACUACAUAUUUUACUUACCAACACAAUCUGGACGGACCUGUUGAUAGAAAUAUGUACAGCGGAUUCUUAUUCAUCAUUCAGGUCAUGUUUUCUAACCCCCAAUCAAUUCUAAAUGGUUUUGUUGUAAUAUAAAUGUACAGAUAAGGGGCAAGAUUCCCCUUGACUACAAGCUAAAAGAGAGUUUUGUUUAAGAUAGAGGAUUUCUAUUCAUCAUUUAGAUCAUGUUUUCUAACCUCUAAUCAUUUUUGAAGUACAUAAGGCUCUGCUGUAUUAUUCUGAGGGAAUCACAUGCUUUUCAAUGGAUGCAUUGAAAAUAAUAAAAUUGUGAUGUUGAAGUAUAGAACUAGUUCCAGGGUGCGCUAACCACAAACGUGUUAAUGUGAAAGUGGAGAGGGGAAAGUAGCUUUAGAGCUUUAGAUCAUUUCUGCAAAUAAUGUAGCACAGUUUCUUUUGUAGAAUCUUCUCCAUUUCGGAGGGAUGAAAUUCAUUUAUGGCAUAUGAGUUCUCUCAGGGCGACAGAGCCACAUUCUUGGCCCAAAACAAUGUAAUGGUUUCUGUAACAGUGUCAUACUAAGAACUUUGCUUUUUCAGUUUUUACCUUUGCAGGAAGUGGACUUAUCAUGACAUAUUGGAAAAUUAUUUAUACCAUUUUGGAACUAACUUAUCAUGACAUAUUGGAAAAUUAUUUAUACCAUUUUGGAACUAACAUUUUCUCUUCUCAUUUGUAUGACAGUUCCAGUAAUGAAUUUUACCUGUAGAAUUCAUCAUUAUGUGUGAAGAGAGACUAUUGCUUUCAUAGUAUUGGAAUAAUCACUUCAUGCAAUGACA